AUGAUGUUGGUUUUGCUGUCAACACUGGUGUUAAUGCUAUUGCGUCGGUCACACGUCUCAAUCAAAAUCCUUGCACCCACUGCGGUCGUACCAAUCAUUCGGUGGAUACGUGUUUCCAACUUCAUGGUUUACCAGAAUGGUGGAUUGAAAAACAUGGCGAUUCUCGUGGUGGUUCCCGAUUUCAGACAACUCGUGGUCGUGGUUCUAACAAAGGAUGGAGUCGUGGUCGGUCCUCUUUUUCUUCUACUUAUCGAGCUAACAAUGCUCAAGCUUCCGCUGGAGAUGAGUCUCCGGAUCUUCCUGGUGUAA